AGCGGUAGGGGUGAUGUCAUCGCGGCGCGACUACAGGAAGUAAGAUCCUGUCCUGUGCAGCUCGGCAUUCCGAGCUCCAGUCUCGGACAGUGCUGCAAUCUCCUCUCCCCUCCGAUCCUAUCCGCGAUGGACGAUGCCCGCGAGUCGCCCACCGACAAAGGUGGAGAGACAGGGGAGUCGGAUGAGACGGUCGCUGCGCCGGGGGACCCGGGGGCUACCGACACGGAUGGAAUCCCAGAGGAAACUGACGGAGACGCAGAUGCGGACUUAAAAGAAGCUGCAGCGGAGGAAGGCGAGCUCAAGAGUCAGGAUGUCUCAGAUUUAACAGCAGUUGAAAGGGAAGACUCAUCAUUACUUACUCCUGCAGCCAAAAAACUGAAAAUUGAUACCAAAGAAAAGAAAGAGAAGAAGCAGAAGGUAGAUGAAGAUGAGAUUCAGAAGAUGCAAAUCCUGGUUUCUUCUUUUUCUGAAGAGCAGCUGAACCGUUAUGAAAUGUAUCGCCGCUCAGCUUUCCCUAAGGCAGCCAUCAAAAGGCUGAUCCAGUCCAUCACUGGCACCUCUGUGUCUCAGAAUGUUGUUAUUGCUAUGUCUGGUAUUUCCAAGGUUUUCGUCGGGGAGGUGGUAGAAGAAGCACUGGAUGUGUGUGAGAAGUGGGGAGAAAUGCCGCCACUGCAACCCAAACAUAUGAGGGAAGCCGUUAGAAGGUUAAAGUCAAAAGGACAGAUCCCUAACUCGAAGCACAAAAAAAUCAUCUUCUUCUAGACCAAAGUCUAGAAAGGCCUAUUACUGACAGAAGAAGUAUUGGUUCCAGACCUCCUAUAAGACUGUCUGCUGGUGCUUUAGUAUCUCAGUCCUCCAAGGAUUCCAUGAUUUUAAUCUCUUAAAACUCUAAUUAUUUGUCACACCUAGAAAGUAUGUAGCCUGUUUGAUGUUUGCCUUGACUAAAUUUUGGGACAUCUUGGGGCAUUUUGAAGUAUUUAACUGUCUUGGCCAGUUGGAAGAUGUGUGGGCCAUAAACAUCUUCUGGACAGAACUGCUUUCAGAGAGAAAACCUUUCCAAGAGUUUUUUUUUUUUUUUUUUUUUUUUUUUUUUUU